CGUCAAAGAGCUGUUCCGUCUGGUCGAGGACUUUGUGGACGUCAUCGGCCUGAGGAUGAAAGACUUUCAAGACAUGUAUGAAGUCACUGAUAACCUAGUUUUGAGCAUCCACAAGCGUCCAGUGGCGGGCCAUGCAGACAUCAACUUCCCAAUGAAGGGCUGGAGGGGCAUGGUGGACUGGGCCCGCAGCUCUGAGGACAGAGUCACCAUCUCCAAAAACAUCCUGACCACUGGAAAGCCAGAUUCGGACGACUCCUCAACAUUCGUAACCGGCAUCGUUCUGUACAGAAACCUUGGCAGUAUUCUGACUCUGCAGAGGAACACCACAGUCCUCAACUCCAAGGUUUUGUCAGUGACGAUCAAGCCCACGCCUGCUUCCCUCUCUGCUCCGGUAGUUGUCGAAUUCACUCACCUGUACAACGGGACCACUAACCAGACCUGUAUUACCUGGGACGAGAGCGACAGCUCCUCUCUGCUGGGAUCCUGGUCUGCCAGGGGCUGCAAAACCGUGCUACUCGACUCAUUCAGAACCAAAUGCGUGUGUGACAGACAGUCCACCUUCGCCAUUUUAGCACGGCUCAAUCCCGACAUGAACAUGGACAAGACGCAUCUCCCGUCCGUGACGCUGAUUGUGGGCUGUGGAGUGUCUUCACUCACGUUGCUGCUGCUCAUCAUCAUCUAUGUGUCUGUGUGGAGGUACAUCCGGUCUGAGCGCUCAGUCAUACUCAUCAACUUCUGCCUCUCCAUCAUAUCCUCCAAUGCCCUUAUUCUCAUUGGACAGACGCAGACGAGGAAUAAGGUGUUAUGCACCCUGAUAGCCGCCUUCCUUCAUUUCUUCUUCCUGUCCUCGUUCUGCUGGGUUCUGACAGAGGCGUGGCAGUCGUACAUGGCGGUGACGGGUCGCCUCAGGAACCGUAUCAUACGGAAGCGAUUCCUGUGUCUCGGCUGGGGUCUCCCUGCACUAGUAGUGGCGAUCUCAGUUGGAUUCACAAAGGCAAAGGGAUAUGGAACACCAAGCUACUGCUGGCUGUCUCUGGAAGGAGGUCUUCUGUAUGCAUUUGUUGGACCUGCUGCAGCUGUUGUCUUGGUUAACAUGGUUAUUGGGAUUCUCGUUUUUAACAAACUGGUGUCCAAAGACGGCAUUACUGAUAUGAAACUAAAGGAGAGGGCGGGUCAGAUGACAGUGCCACUGUACAAUAUGACGCUCAAAUGUGCCAAGUGCGGAGUUAUCUCUUCGGCUGACGUUUCCACCACAGCUACCAGUAACGCCAUGGCGUCAUUGUGGAGCUCCUGUGUGGUUUUGCCCCUCCUUGCCCUCACUUGGAUGUCGGCUGUCCUCGCGAUCACCGAUCGGCGCUCUGCGCUCUUCCAGAUCCUUUUUGCCGUCUUUGAUUCACUGGAAGGCUUUGUCAUUGUCAUGGUGCACUGCAUCCUGCGCAGAGAGGUUCAAGAGGCGGUGAAGUGUCGUGUAGUCGACCGGCAGGAGGAUGCAAACGGUGAUUCAGGAGGAUCUUUCCAGAAUGGCCAUGCUCAGCUCAUGACUGAUUUUGAGAAAGACGUGGAUAUGGCUUGCAGAUCAGGCACUAUGAAGCGCUCGUCUCUCCAGGGGGAGGAGAAAGCCUCGGCUGGGACCCUCACCCUUCAGAAGGGUUCUAACUUCAACACCAUGCCAGCCAGCAUGGCUAAGGUUCACCUCCAGAAUGUGGCCGACUACAACUGUCACACUCUGACGCUGCGCAGGGAAAAAGGCGCGGCGGCUAAGGGGAUCAGCACGGAGCUACCAGGCGCCAAAUCCAUCUACAUCUGUGACGGUGAACUCUUCAAGCAGCUGGACGGAGAGCUGCCUCGAGGGAACGGCGAGGGCAGCAGCUCUGAGGGCACUGGCAAAGGUCCGGGAUACGUCAUUCUACCGACCAACAACACGGGCACUCUGAAGGCAGCCAAGGGGAAAGAGGAGCAGGCGGCCAAGUAUAACAUCGGCAUUGAGCAGCUGCCUCAGACCAGGCUCGUCCACCUGGCCAACUCUGCCAGCGGGGAGCCAAUGCCUGGCUUUGGGCUGAAGACCCUGCCUGCCGACCAGGUCAGUGUGUCAUGCUCUGACAGAGACUCACCUGCACACAACCUGCAGCCCAGAGACCCCCAGGUGGUAAACAUCAUGUGUGAUGGGGGAGACUCCGGACACUUUGGUGUGAUGUCUAAGAGUGAAACCAUCUCCACGCUGUCCAUGAGCUCACUGGAGAGACGAAAAUCACGCUAUGCAGAGCUUGACUUUGAGAAAAUAAUGCACACCCGGAAACGCCACCAGGACAUGUUUCAGGACCUGAACAGGAAGAUUCACAGUGCAGACAAGGAUAGAGAAUCUCCACCUGUUGACGCCAAAGCUGCCAAAAGAUGGAGUGUGUCCUCUGCCAGCAGUGACAAGACCAACAUGAGUGACAAGCAGCAGACCCCAAGUAAGAGGGCGUGGGAGGGCAUCAGGAAGACCCACUCACCCCCAUCCUGGGUGAGGAAGGACCUGGAGACAGUGGCAGCCUCUCCUCUGGAGCUGCAGACCGUGGAGUGGGAGAAGAACAGCGCCACCAUUCCUCUAGUGGGUCAGGAGAUCAUGGACCUGCAGACAGAGGUGUGACCCUGAUAAUGGCCUCAUACGUACAACUCUUCUUUUUUUUUUUCACUGCUCUCCGACACACAAGAAGACACACCACAUACACUGCCCUGCUCUGAACUUAUACUCAAAGGCUGGAUGAAGCCCACUGCGAGGAACAUGAGAGAAAAGCAUCAGAAAAUCAAUUCAAACAAUUAAAAAGAGAGACUGGGAACAUUGUCUUUCUUCGUUUCAUUUGACGUUUGGACUGUGUUUCUGUCAAAACAAUACUCGUCAUCUUCUCGUAUAUGGUCUCAGAUACCAUGCUGGCUUACAUGGGAGACAGGUUGCCAAAGCCGCUGAUUCAGCUGCUGUAUCUGCAUCAUGUAAUAGACAGCUGAGCAAAGGUAAUCAUGCAAUGUUUACCCCUGCAUUAAAUGGUUACAUUGUAAUAAUCAUGAUUAUGUCUCUUGUUUUCACUGUUGAGAGUUUUGCCAUUUCCGCUCUCUCUUUCUGCUGAUGAACGCUCAAGUUGUACUUGGCUCGAGACGCCUCUGGAUCUAUUUAUUUGUCAUCGAUCUCGAAAGGGAAAAUUGAACAGAGGUUUGAGGCGGCAGACUGCCAAACAUACAUCCAUGUGCCCCUUAAUGCUGUUGCCUCCCCUCCUACAGCUCUCGCCAUUUAUUUUGGCUCCAAGACUUUAUCCCCCCCUACCCCCCGAUCCCUGCAGGGCAAGGUUGGCCCUGCAGCAACAGGCAAAGGGGAGGAUGGAGAAAAAAAAAUCGUAGACAUCGUCUUGAGUAGAAUUGGCAGGUUUCCUAAUCAACAGAGACCUCAGAGUCGCCAGAGAGCAGGCCGCUGGGCCCUGCGCUCUAAGCGGCCCUCAACGCCAACCUCAACCUCAGCCACACACGGAGGGACAACAUGGACAUCAGUGCAUCCUGUUUCUUGAUGUAUAAGCAGGCUUUCAAAGAUGCUAAGGAAAAAAGGUGCUUGUGUGCGAGUGUGAAUAUGUUUGUUGAGUAAUAGAAGGUACAGACGGGGCCAAAUUAAAGGAUAAGUCGACGUAGAUUCUGUGUCUGGAAGUUUCUCAAACUGUAUUGCAGGGAUGGAACACCACUCUUCCAAAGAAUAUUCCCUAAUUUGGUGUGAAUGGUGCUCUCUAACCACCGAGAUCUGGUCAUUGUCAAGGCCAUAUUGACCCCACCCACCCAAUUGUCAACUCAUUUUUCAGAUUUCUUCCUUCAAUUUGUCACCCGUCUGUAAAUGAUACAGAUCUAUAAAUAUUUAUGGUUUGAUGAUUAAAAGUGAUGCUAAAUACAAGGCAGAGUUUAUGCGAGGGAUGGUGGUUGCACACAGAGAAAGCACAAGGCUCAUUUGGAGUCCUGAUGUACAGCAUUGUAAUUAUUUCAGAGUUCUACAGAAUGGAUUUUAGCCUAUAAAUAUCUUUCUUACUGUGCUUGGGGAUAGUUGUUAUCAUUACUAUAAAUAUGAACAUAAUUAUUCUGAUACUGAUCCUCUCAUUCCCCCUGUCCCUUCAGGUUACUGGACUAUAGGAGUGUUCUGUAUCGCAAUGUAACUGUGUGUUUUGAUAUCACCGCCAGUCACUCCCUCAGAUCUGUAUUUUGUCGGAGUAAACCCUGACCACCGACCCCCGACCGACCAACCAACCUCAGACCUCCUGAUGUGUGACCCCCCCCCCCCCCCCUUGCCACACCUCCCCUCACUCCCCUUUUUUUUUCCUGGGGUUGACUCUUUGUUAAUGUACAGUUUUCAGAGCACAAAAUGAAUGUGUCUUAUUUCUAAUA